AUGACGGAGGAUGGGGGCCGCAGGGCCAAGCGCCGCUGCGCUCGCAAAUACACCUCCACGGCCAUGCCCUCGGCCAUACACUACGUGGGAUAUGUGGAGGAUGACGAGACGCCGGAGAUGAUCAUGGCCAAGUUUGCCGAGCUGGAGCGCAUCAAAGUGGCAGGGAAACAGGCCCAGGCGGCGCAAACAGUCGCGGCGGCAGGCGAUGCGCCUGUCAGCGGCGCGCCGGUGGCAGCGGAUGCAGGCGCAUGCGCAGGAGCAGCAGGGCAAGACACGCAGCAGCAGCAGCAGCAGCAGCAGCAGCAAGACAUGCAACAGCACGGCGCAGCGGCAGCAGCAGCGGCAGAACCGCCAGGCGGCACAACGACCGCCGCUGGCGGUGCCGAGGCCGGCGGCGGCGAGGGGCAGGGCGGGCUGACGGACGAGCAGCUGCUGGAGGUGUUCAAGCAGACCAGCAUGUUCAACGUGCGCACUGCCCUCCAGGACAAUGAGAUGCUGCUGGGCAUCGACGAGAUUCUGGAGGCCACCAACGAACGGUAUGCUGAUGAGGAGGCUGUGUCGGAUGAUGAAGACAUGCUGCGUGCCUUCUGGUCUGACGAAGAUGAAGUGUCACUGAGCGACUUGGAGGAUGACGAGGCGGGCGGGCGGCGGCGCCGCCGCGGUGGCGGCGCCGGCCGCAUCGCUCGUCAGGGCAGUGGGCCGGGGCGGGGGCCGGGCCUGCAGCGCAACGCCGCCUGCGUCAGGGCGCGGCACAACGUCAUCACGGCUUUCAACCCGAUCACGCAGGCGCUGGUGCGGCGCAAGGUGCGGGUGGGGAGCGAGCGGGAGGAGCUCUAUCAUGUGCGGGUGCCGCCGGCGCCCAUCCCCGUGUCCUGGGGCCGCACCGUGCAGCCCUAUGUGCCGCUGGACAGGCGCAGCCAGCGGCCCAUGGCAGUGCCGGUGCCGCCGGCGCUGCUCAAGGCGAUGGAGGAAGGGGGUCGGGCGAUGGACAUUGCUCCCAUGGAGCGGUGCGUGUACCGCGAGGAGUGCAGCAUACCAGACGCGGACUGGGGCGGCCUGCUGCCGGCAGCUGGCGGCGGCCACCAGGCCGUGCUCAUCAACCCGGGCUGGGAGUGCGACGGGCGAGGCGACGCGGCGGUCCAGCGCCUGGCCAGGCUUCCCAUGCGGCGGCUGGUGCCCAAGGGCUUUGUGUUCAUCUUCGUAGAGAAGCAGCACGUGCAGGCGCUAUGCCGACAGAUGCGCGCCUGGGGUUACUGCUACAUUGAGAACCUGACUUGGGUGUACCUGCGCCCUAACAACCACAUCCUGGAGCUGCCCUCCCGCUACACCAACUCCAGCCACAUCACGCUCUACAUGUUCCGCCGGGAGGGGGAGGGCAAAGACAUUGAGUUGCGGCACCAGCGCAACCCUGAUGUCACCUUUGAUUGCCUCGUCGGCGCGGAGGGCGGGCGGCGGGCGGUGCCAGAGGAGACAUUUGUUGCCAUUGAGACGCUGCUGCCCACCGGCAAAGGGCGGUUCCUGGAGCUGUGGGCACCACAGGGCGUGCACCGGCCCGGCUGGACGCACGUGGUGGAGGUGGGCGCCGCGGAGAGCUGA